CAAUAUCUCAAAUCAAAUCAUUUUCCAUGCUCCUUGCAUCUUUCGCUUCAUUCCUUUGACAUCGAGGCGUAGGUAUUCAAAGAUGCAUGAAAAGGGGCAACUUCUGCCUCACCCGCAGACUACCGUCUCGAAUUCCCGACCGAGACCACCAUGGACCUCGCUACUCCAAAUUGCAGCUGUCUGCUUCCUACUGAAGAUCGCAGUAUUUGAUACCUUCAUUGUUCCCCGCUUAAAGGAUGACGGGUUGGAGAUCUUGGCAAAAUGCCCACAGGUUGAGCCUCUUUUCCCUAAGGGGAAUCAAGCGCUCUCUGAGAUGGAUGAUUUUAUCGCCUCCCCUAAAUUUUUGAAUGAAACAGUAUCUCGGAUGGCUGGAGCAAUUCAGAUUCCUUCCGAAUCUUACGAUGAUUUGGGUCCGGUAGGGGAGGACAGGCGAUGGGACACGAUGUUUGACUUCGCUGCCUACCUAGAGAAGACAUUCCCACUCAUUCAUACUACUUUAACACUUGAAAAGGUCAACACUCACGGCCUGCUGUAUACUUGGCAAGGGUCCAACAAGAAUUUAAAGCCGACUGUUCUCAUGGCCCAUCAAGAUGUCGUACCUGUCGCUGAAUCCACCAUUGGGCAAUGGACGCAUCCUCCAUACAGCGGCUUUUUUGACGGUCGCUUCAUCUGGGGUCGAGGUUCUUCUGACUGCAAGAAUAACCUUAUCGGGAUCAUGGAAGCUGUCGAGUUACUUAUAGAUGCUGGUUACCAGCCCGCAAGAACUUUAGUUCUAUCUUUCGGCUUCGACGAAGAAACUUCAGGGACCCAAGGCGCUGGAACCCUUUCUAAAGCAUUAAUCAGCCGUUACGGAAAGGAUGGCGCUGCGCUUAUCGUAGAUGAAGGGGCUGGUACAUCGACAGUAUGGGGUACUACAUUUGCCCUCCCAGCAGUCGGUGAAAAGGGUUACAUGGAUGCCGAAAUUAUCAUCCGCAUGCCAGGCGGCCAUUCAUCAAUUCCCCCGGCUCACAAUGGGAUAGGAGUUAUGUCGGAACUAAUUUCAGCCAUCGAAGCGAAUCCUUACGAGCCGAGAUUGUACUCUGAUAAUCCGUUUCUUCAUCUUCUCGAAUGCGGUGCAGCUCAUGGCCCAGAGUUCCCGAGAAAGCUUAAGAAGUUGCUUCCUUCGCACAACAGCCAUACUUGUUCUAAGAAAGAUAAACUUGCUCUAGAGGCGGCGAAGGCUGGGGAUGCUAUCAAGUAUCUUUUUACAACUUCGGUGGCACCUGAUGUCAUCAGUGGGGGCGUCAAGGCCAACGCACUCCCCGAACGCGUCAGAGUGAUCGUUGACCACCGAGUUAAUGUUGGCGAAAGCCCACUUGAUGUCCAGGCAAAAUUAAUAAAAUUGGCACAGCAAGUCGCCAGCAAGUAUAACCUCACAGUACACCCCUUCAAUGACGAGCCGGAGACUCCGUCCUCUAUUACACUUCGCACACAUUCUAUCCUAGAACCCGCACCUGUCACGCCAACAUCGGUUGAAAAUGUAACUCCGUAUGGAGUUCUCUCAGGGACUACACGAGCUGUCUAUGGUGAAAAGCUUCUAGUUUCUCCUGGUAUUAUGACUGGAAAUACUGAUACUAGGUAUUAUUGGGAUCUGACGAAACAUAUUUUCCGCUACGGCCCUGGUUGGGACCCUGAAAGUGAAGGGCUUGAAGGGAUUCACACUGUUAACGAGAAACUCAGUGUCUCUGCCCAUAUCAAAGGUGUUCAAUGGUACAGUCUCUUCAUUCGCAAUACUGACCAGGCAGAUUUUGUUUAAUUCAUAAAAUAAUCGGAAGUGUAAAGAGUAGGGCUGGCUUAAUUUCACAAAACAUGGUAUGAGAAAUGAAUUCGUGGUUCAGCAAAACUGUCGUCUAUUAGUAGGUCUUUCUAAGUACCUAUCUAGUACCUACGUUUAACAGAUAUCUUUACAAUUCAAUCACUUUCAUAUGAAACUUCAG